CAAGCCGGUCUAGGCCCAAAAUAAUAGAGUAAGUUAGAUAUAAUAGUGGAAAUUAGAUUUUAAAAGUUAUUUAAUUAAAUAUGGUAUUUUUAUGUUUGACUAAUUUAUAUGAUAUUUUUUUUUAUUUUUAAGUAUUUUUAUUGUAUUUAAUAUGACAUAUAUAUAUGUGUAAUUUAAGUUUUCAAAGUCCAUAUUUAAUGUUUUUAUUUGUUUUUAAGCAAUUUUAUUUGUCACUGGGGCUGGAAAAAUCGUCGGAGUUUACUGUCAGUGCUAGAAAAGUUGUCUGCGUAGCUGCCAGUGUCAGAAAAGUCGUCGGGGUUGCUAUCGGCGCCGAAAAAGUCAUUGAAAUUGGUAUUAUCGCUGGAAAAAUCACAAAUUAAAACACUAAAAAUUUGGUUUUUUUCUUUAUGAAAAAACAUGUUUCUUGAUGAAAAAACCAGUUUUUUGAUGAAGAAACUAAUUUUUUGAUGAAGGAUCUUUGGUGAUUGAUUUUGAUUGCAUGAGAAACUAAGCAAUUUGAAUCGCAUGAGAGAGAAAAAAAAUAUUGUAUGGCUGGAGAGAGUGAUGGGGUUUGUGCCCUAAAUAAAACUCAUUUCACUAUAAUAAAAUUUACUAAUUAAUAAAGAUUAGAAAUCAUUCUAUGUUGAUUCUAUUAAGUACAGAACAUAUAUAAAUAUGUAUAUAUUUGUUCAUGAUUAUAGUGUUGUCAGCAUAGUAGAAUAUAAUCAUGAUUAUAUGUUCAAAAGUUUAAUUCCCAUGAUUUGUUAGUUCACUGGAUUUAGCUGACAUGAUAAUCGGCGAUAAGGUAUACUUACACCUUGGAUAAGUGUUAUGUCAUUUUCAGGACAUUAGCAAAGUUUACCAGUAUCGAAUGUAUGGAGUAUACAUUGGAAGGGACCGAUAUUGAUCUUAAUAAGAUAUCAUAAACUUACCGUUAUAUCUUUUAAGUCAAUAGCAAUAGUUGAUCUUGGGCCUAUGGAUCUUAAUCCUGAUAUAGUUAGGUUCAACUUAGUUGUAUUAUUUAUGUUCUUCAAGUUGUUCGUGGAUGCCAACUAAAAGUUAUGGCGGAUAUUUACAUCUUGGGAACAUGGUAGUGCAAUUGAGUGGGAGCGCUGAUCAUAGACAUGGAAACUAUAGCUUCUAUAAGUAUUUGAAAGUGAAACUAUGAUUUCCUUUGAGCUUGGCUUGAUGGAGAUAAAUGAUUGAGAUCUCAUUUCAGUAAUUAUAUUAGUUUACUGAAAUAUCAUUUAUAGGUAGCUAAGUGUUUUAAGGAUAAAAUACAUUGAAGGGUAGAACGGUAAAUUUGUCCCUCUUCAGUGUAGAUCAUCUAUAGAGGAACCUUGACUAUUAGGAUUGUAACAAUAGAUAAUCAUAACGUAUUUAUAUCGUGGUACAUAUAGAGCGUUCUAUAUAUAUAACUGAGAGUUUAUUCAAUUCUAAAUAUGUAGUGGCGCAAGGCGGAAUUAAUAAGUUAGGGAAUUUACUUGGUGAAUUCUAGUUCUACUUAUUCAAAGCUCAGUAUUUGGAGUUAGAGGAUUGGUUCGUGUUGAGGUGUGUAAUAUUAAUAAUUUUUAAAAAACAAAACGUGUCUUCUAUUCUAAAAACUAAAAAAAAAUAUUUCCUAUUCUCAUUUCACACAAAUUUGAAAACUAAAAACAAUAUCAAACACCCCUAAUAUUUUCUAAUAAACUUAAUUUCAGAGUUUUCAUAAAUGGUAUCAAAUAAUGUUUCCAUAAUUAUAUUUGUAAUUGAAUUUUAUUUUUAUGCAUUUUUUUUACAUUUACAAAGUUUAUGUUUAAUUUCUGUCCUUGACCACUUUCAAAGUUUUCUGCUUUGAAAAUUGGUCUUCUCUUAUAUUUAUCUAUUUAUUUAUUUUUUAAAAAGAAAGUUUAUGUUUAAUGCAUUAACUUGAUGAAUUAAACCAAAAUAAUUAACAAUUAAAGAAUCCCUUAAGUAUAUUUAAAUAAUUAAUGUUGUUGUAUCUUUGGUUAAGAAGAAAAUAACAGUAGACCGACAAUGUUGAUUGGUUGAAGAGUGUUGAAACCAAAAAGGGGUGCCUGAUUUUUUUGUUAUAAAUUAAUUAAUUAAUACUUGAACUCACUUUUAAGUCAUCACAUUUAACUUUACUUCGAAUAAAGCAUUACUCUUUGUCUGUCUCUGCCAGUUUUACUGAAAAUUCUUUUCAGAUGAUUAUUUAUGGUAUUUGAUACUCAAUAUAUAUCAUAUCUAUAAUACCUUCUUCUCCAUUACUAUAUAUUUUGAUUAUUUUAUCAUUAUUUAUUAUCAAACUUGUCAAGUUAUCUCAGAUUCCCAUAUACUCUACACUUGUUCAAGUUUUAGUUACAGAAACUGGCUUUAUAAUGGUCACAAUGUUAUGUUUAUUUUAUUACCUUAUUGAAAAGCUUAUAAUAUUAUUGCUUCACCAAUUCUGUCUUUUUCAGUCAACAAAUUAAAACUCAGUUCAAGAACACCCACUCCACUUAAAAAUGAUAGAAGAGCAUGUGGUUGAUAUCAAAACAGCAAGAGAUGACACACUAGUAUCUUCCAUCAAGGAAAGGAUGGAAGAUAUUUCUUCACUAAAAGUAAUCUUUAGAGUCAUCAACAACCAAAACGACAUGUCGUAUGAGCCAGCCAAGCUUUCUAUUGGUCCAUUCCACAAUGGGAAACCAAAAUUGAAACAAAUGGAAGAUCACAAGUGGAAAUACUUGGCUGCUCUUCUCAAUAGAAAGCCCAACUUAGAAGAAAGCUUAGAUAGUUGUGUUAAGGCACUAAGAGAAUCCGAACAUAGAGCUAGAAAUUGCUAUGGUGAACCUAUAAACCUAAGUAGCAAUGAUUUUGUCCAAAUCAUGCUCCUCGAUUCUUGCUUUCUCAUAGAGCUUUUUCUUAAGUUUUCCAUUAAGGGUCUUAGACGUCGAAACGACGCCUUAUUCACAACUCGUGGAUACCUCUUUAAUUUGAGGCGUGACAUGGUUUUGUUAGAGAACCAAAUCCCGUUGUUUGUUAUUCAACAAAUGUUCCACAUUGUACCAAUCCCUCCACAAUGUACUAUGUCCUUUAAUGAAUUAGCUUCGAGGUAUUUCAAAAAUAUGGUCCCGGGAGACUUUAAUUUUCUCAAAGAGAAAUUUAACCAAGAAGGGUAUCAUUUACUUGAUCUUGUAAGACGUUGUAUCAUCCCAAUACAUCCAAAAGUGAUACCAAAAGAUCACGGUUAUGAUGAUCAUCAAUAUUCUAACUCCAACCAGAACUCAAACCCUAAUUUAGACUAUGCUCGAAAGCUUAAAAGAGCGGGUAUCAAAUUCAAGAAAGGGAAAUAUCAUAGUUUGUUGCUUGAUGUUAAGUUCGAACACGGUGCCAUUCUAAUCCCACAUCUAAAAAUCCAUGAGUGUAUUGAAGAGCUAUUAAAGAACCUCAUUGCUCUUGAGUCUCACCUUGAUGACACACAACAAACAACGUCGUAUGCCUUCCUCAUGCGAUGUCUUAUUCGUUCGGAGAAAGAUGUGACAUAUUUGAGGAAAAGGGGUAUUUUGAGUUACUAUGAGGAUAAGGAAAAAGAGAUUGUUGACAUGUUUCAAAAACUUGGGGAUGAAAUCACUGCAAAAGAUUUUUAUUACUUGAGGCUUAUUGAACAAGUGAAUGAGUACAAAACGACAAGUUUACAUGCAAAGUUUGAGAAAUUCAAGAGAAGCUACACUAAAUCUCCAUUGUCGUUGACCGUUUGUGUCGUAGGCAUUUUGCUCCUUGUUCUCACUUUUGUGGGUGUCUUUUUUUCUGUGCUUGCCUUCUUUCUUCAUCGUCGUUCUUAAAAAAAAUUAAUUUUCUUUUUUGAGAUGUCAAUUUGUUACAAUUUAUGAUCAUUAAUAAUGAUGUGUGUUUUCAAAUUUUUUCUUUCAAAGUUUUUGGUGGGUAUGAUUCAUGAAUCGUGAUCAAAUAUGUAAUAAUGAGAAUUCAUAAAAGGCACCAUUGGUGACU